AUGGACUCCCCAAUAGACGCGUUAGACCCGAAUGACACCAGUCACACUUACACCGAAGUUGCCGGGCUCUUCUUCCGAAAGUACUGGCCGAUCCUGCUCCCUCUCGCUGUGUUAGUCAACGUCUUCCGCACCCGCUACCUAUCUCCGCUCCGUCGAUAUCCCGGGCCGUUCAUCGCCUCAACGACCCGUUUGUGGAAAGUCGUAUCUACCGCAUCGCGACGUACACACCUCGACCACAUAGCUCUCCACAGGAAAUAUGGUCCGGUCGUGCGUAUUGCGCCGAACGAGGUCUCCAUCGCCUCGCCCGAGGCAGCGCGACACGUUCUGAGCGCCGGCAAGCGGUUCUACAAGACGGCGUUCUACGGCGUCUUUCCACCACCGGAGAAUCCUGACAUCUUCACGGAGGUCAACGAGGACGCCCACGCGAGGAAGAAGAAGGUCGCCAACGUUCCGUAUAGCAUGGCGGCGAUGCAGCAGCUAAGCCCCUUCAUUGAUGAUACCGUCGACCUGCUGGUUACUAAACUCGCCGGGUUCGCGUCGCGGCCUAUGGAGUACAAGGCAGACAAGUUUGUCGAUCUCGGGGCGUGGUUGCACUACUUUGCAUUUGACGUGCUUGGAGAGGUGGCUUUCUCCCGAAGCUUCGGUUUCCUGGCGGAGGGCAAAGACGUGGAGGAUGCCAUCGCCACUAUUGACCGCUCACAGGCGUACAAUGGGAUUGUUGGUCAGGUUCCGUGGGUUGACUUGCUUUUGCGGCGGAACCCUUUGUGGAAGCUAUUCCCAACGUUGAAUACGAAGAAUGCGCCCAUCACUCGAAUUGCCUUGAGUGAGAUGGAGAGAAGACGGCCUUUUGAUAAGGAGAGCGAGGGCAAGCUGAGGAAUGAUGACGGGAGGCAAGAUCUCCUAGCGAGUUUGAUCAAGGGACACUUGAAGGACACUGAGAAAUUUACCGAAGGUGACGUCUUUGCUGUUGCCCACGGCGCGAUCUUCGCUGGAUCAGACUCGACAGCUUCGACCAUGCAAUCACUCUUCUGGCACAUCCUUUCGGCGCCACAAAUUCACACAAGAAUGGUUGCUGAAAUCGAAGAUGCCGUCAAAUCCGGGUCGAUGCCUCCAACUGGCAACAUCUCAUGGAAAGAAGCCCAGGAGCUGCCGUACUUUCAAGCAUGCCUGAAAGAGGCUAUGCGCGUGCGGCCAGCAGUAGGUCUCAACAUCAGCCGCGUGGUUCCACCAGAAGGAGCCGAACUCGACGGCAGAUUCUUUCCCGGUGGGACGCAGGUGGCCGUCAACGGCUGGGUCUUGCACCGCGAUAAGCGCACUUUCGGCGAAGAUGCGGAUGAUUAUCGCCCUGAGCGGUGGCUGGUAGAUGUUGAGGAAGCAAAGAAGAUGGAGCGAUACAUGUUCCAAUUCGGUGGUGGAAGCCAUGUUUGUAUCGGUCGGAACCUAGCUCUGUUAGAAAUCAACAAGGUCGUGCCGCGUCUCUUCAGAGACUUCAAGUUCGAGUUGGCGCAUCCUGGCCGGCCGUUGAGAGCAAGUGCUACGUUCUUUGUUGUACAAGAUGGCCUGGAGGUAUUGAUUGAGCGACGGGAAUUGGCCUAG